UACUGCCAGACAGGGUGCAAUCGAUGGCUCGUGCUACUGUGGUAGGACGGGGUUAGUUCCAUCAGAGAAGGGGUGCAACUCACAGGAUCUUGCUGCACGGCGCUGGCAGAUGGGAGCCCAAGGAGACGAGACAGAGCCUGUGGUGUUCAGGAUAGCAGAGCAAACCAACAGAUUGCUUGAAGCUCGCAGGAAAAAGGAGAACGCGCGGAAGAUGGCUCGGCUCAUGAAAAACUUCAACUACGACUUGCUCCGUGGAGGGGACGAGAUCGAGAGUGAGGUGCAGAAGACGAGAGCCGAGGACGUGGAAGUGGACGAUGCGGAGGCCGAGAGGCUGCGCAAGUUGAGGGAGGUGGAAGAGGAGAUAGCCGCAGGGGCUGUCGUGAGGGAAUCCGCCCAACCCAACAAGUACGAGAGUCCUUUGGUCACUCAGCUGAGGAGUGUGGAGACAGUGGACGAGAUGUAUAACCUGGCAGAUAAGAUAAUUCCUCUGGUCUCCAUCAGAGGUUGAAGAUAAACUGAUGUUACCUACACAUCGCUUCCUUGCUUUCGUAACAUUAAGGGACAUCUUAUCAUGGCAGGAAUAAAAUAACAUUGCUAAAUAUAUGUUUAGCAGAUGCUUACUUUACACGUUUCUAAACGGUAAAACACUCAUUCCGAAAUGUUUACCACUUAACAAACCUUUAAAUCCGAAUUUGCUUACUU